AAGUCACUCGACGCCCGCCCCAGCGCCACACAGCACGCCAUCCCUCACAGACACUCGUACGCAACUAUCUACCACGUUUUCUUUUCUUUCGUAGUUUUCAGUUGAGGUAGCGCCAUGCUCCUAGUCCUGUGUAUGGCAGCGCUACUCACCGCCCCCCUAGCUCAGGCCCGCCCUUACAGACAAAAGCGACCAUCGGAUCAGAGACUACAAGAGUUGCAGACACUUCUAGAGUUAUCUCAAAUGAAGGGCGGCAUCGUCAGUGUACCUGUAGGACUGGGCCUGGACCCUGAGUUAUUAGGGCGCAGGAGGCGAUCUUCAGAGGUACUUCUGCAGGACCUGCUAGAUAGUCAGGAGGAGAGAUCAAGAGAUGACGAUGACAACCCACGUUGGAUAUCUGACAUUGUAUAAUCUCUCAGAGAGUCCCAACGUACUUGUUGUGCUCCAACUGCAUGUGGCUGGCUCAAUCAGUCCCGACUGUGGACUUAAUUAAUACAAUUUCCAUUCUUUUAUGUUUAUGUAUAGCUUAUUAAAUAUUAUAUUUAUGGUU